UAAGGGGAACUCAAAAGGAGGCAAAAGAUUUCACCAACGGGCCAACACGACUAUCACCUUCUAAAAUUCUCUCGAUUCUCAAGCAAUGGCGAGAACCAACCAGGAAGCAAUCGAUACAUUCAUCAGCAUCACCGGCGCCACCGAAUCUGUCGCCGUUCAGAAACUCGAGGAGCAUGCUGGUGAUCUCAAUGCAGCUGUCAAUGCCCAUUUCACUGAAGGAGACAGAAGCAGCUUCAAUGCACCAUCUGUCCCUGCUCGCGAAGAUGACAUGAUGGAUAUAGAUGAUGAUCCAAUUGAAACUGCACCAGCUAGGAGACAUCCCUUGUCUCUACUCUCGGAUCCAGGUCUUACAAACCCAUUCUCACUCCUCGAUCCACAAUUUCCUAGAAGGUUGUUUGAUGGUGUUUCGGAUUUUGGGAGCCGUGCACCUUUUGUUACACAACCAAGACAAGUGAGAGAGAUACCGAUAGAGGUCAAGGACAGCUCUGAUUCUUCUGGUCGAUCAGGUCAUGGCCCUGUCAUCGAGGAUGUAACUGGAACUGACUUGGAACAUGAAACUGGCAUCCAUGGGACUGUAAUUAUUGAUGAUGAUGAAGAUGAUGAUAUUAUUCUUCCGGGACCCAAUGCAAAUGCUGCUGUUAACCGAGACGGGCAAGAUGUAGAUGUUUUAGGUGUCAGUUCUCACGAGGGACUCCGGCCUGGAGCUCCAGUACUUAAUAAUUCACUGGAAUAUAGCAAUGACAUAGAAGAAGAGAUGGUUAGGGCUGCUAUUGAGGCUUCAAAACGUGAGGCUGGGGAAUUAAGUGAUCCUGGACCUUAUCAUUCUGGUGACGCUGAAUUAGAACAUGCAGUUUCAUUAUCAAUGAAGGCAGCAGAGCAAGAAAAGGCAUUGCGUGAACUUAAGGGCAAGGUUGCAGCAGUAUCAGAAGCAGGAGCGUCGUCUGAGCCUGAGACUAAAAUAGGGGAAUCAAAUGGAAGGUUAGAGGCAGGCGGAUCAUCUAUCCAAGAUGACGUUGAAGAAGAUGUGGAGGAGCAACCUCUCGUCAGGCAUAGAUCAAGACGUUCUUCUUCUAGCUCUCUGGAGUUUACCAAAGAUGGAGGCACUGAGGCUGACCAACCGUCAACUGCCAUAGACAACAACAAUGCAAGUAGUGAAACAGGGAUUAAUGGGAAUGCUUUUCCUGCUGAGUGGGGCGGCAUUUCAUCUGAGGAACAUGAUGAAGCUGUGAUGCUUGAGGCAGCAAUGUUCGGUGGAAUUCCUGAAGCAUCUGGAUAUCAAUUCCCUUAUGCACCUCAUCAGUUCAUGCAAAGAGAAGGUGGCCCUUACCGUAGGCCAGCACCACGUCCUCCAUCACCUUCUCUGCAAGCUCAACGUUCAAUCCGUGAGCAACAGGAUGAUGAGUAUCUUGCAUCGUUGGCUGCUGAUAGAGAGAAAGCUGAAGCACGUCGUCUGGAAGAGGAAGCGGCUAGGGCAGCUGCUCUAGAACAAGAGAGACUGAAAGAGGAAGCAAACCGUAGGAAGUUGGAGGAAGCACAGGAAAUCGAGAGACAUUUGGCUGCUAAGGAAGCUUCACUACCUCAGGAGCCAACUCCAGAUGAAGAAAAUGCUGUUACGCUCUUGGUGCGUACCCCUGAUGGGGCUCGCCAUGGCCGUCGGUUUCUGAAGUCGGACCGCUUGCAGUCCCUUUUCGACUUCAUUGAUGUCACUAGGGUGGUAAAGCCCGGCACCUACAGAUUGGUGAGGCCAUACCCUAGGCAAGCCUUCAGUGAUGGAGAGACGGCCUUAACCUUGAGUGAACUUGGCUUGACCAGCAAACAAGAAGCCUUAUUUCUGGAGUUGAUCUAGAAUAAUAUGUAUAAUGUCGAAGCUGUAGAGGGACGUCCUUUGUUAUUCAGUCGACUUACUAGUUAUUAUUGAAACAUUAGAAGUCGAUACAUGAAAAUUGAAAUUGGGCGGGGGUGGGAAACCAGGGGAUCAUAUUAUGUUUUUGGGUUUUGCUUGCACAUAGCAGAAACAUUCAGUUCAGUGUGACGAGGACGAAUGAUUCAUCCGACAAUGUGCAUGGCAAUGAGCUAGAAUCAUGUGGUGUGGUGGUUUUGGUUGAUCAUGUACAUACCCAAUAAUGGUUUUUCCAGAUACUGGAUGUGGAUUUGGAGGGCUUAUGGUUUUUGGCUCAGUUCUUUGGAAGUUGGACCGUUCUGAACCGAACCGACUUUUCAGCCAGCCUCAACCUGCCUGCGGUUACAAUGCUCUGCGGCAGCGGUCAUUACUCUAGAUUAUACCAUUCCUCGUCUAACAUUUUUACCGUUGGCUGCUGGUUAUUAUGUCAUGUCUGCCUGCUUUUUUAUUGGGGUCAAAAUAACAAUGUGAUCCUUACCCAGUUCCCCCUCUUUCUUUUUUGCUUUAAUGAUUUAUUAGAGGAACAGUUCAUCAUUGACGGCAUAAUUGUGUUUCUAGCAGGGGAGACACGUUAGACAAUAGCCCGACUCCAUGCAUGGACGGAGAGUAGAGCUUCUUUUUGACAAAGUAGGGAGAGUAGAGCAGGGAACAAGUUUUACUAACCAUUUGUGGUGAAUUGUAAAGAAACCUAAAGCUUCUAUUCGUUGCUAGAGAAUUUCAAACACAAAAGCAUAAUUUUGCCGUUAUGGUGAACUGAAGUUGUUUGGAUGGUGAUUCUUGAU